CAUAAGGAAGAAAAGCAUCAUUAUUGUUUCUUUCAGUUCUCAGCAUAAAAGGAAGUAGCACUUAAUAAAAGCCAUUGGCUGCAAGAUUUCAUAAGAGACAGAGAGGCAGAGAGAGAGCGAGCAGCAUGCUGUGGAGAAAGAAGCAGGUGUGAUUCAUGAAUAAACUGCACUUUGCAGCCCUGUAGGAUACUGAUGAAACAAACAGAAUUUCCCCAGACAUGGAUAAUACAAGAACACCAGACACUUUUUCACAGUUAAGCCAGGAAAAAAUCCUCAAAAUUAUGAAUAUGGUGAAAAAUAAAGAAGUGAGCAUUGAAGGAGCUCUGCAUUUGGCACAGAAGGAGGUGUAUGCUGAAAAGGAUCCACAGGAUUUGCUAACUGGGUCACAAUUUAACUUCAUUAUCUACAAAUACAAACACUACCGCUGGCAGAAACGAAUUUUGCAGCUGGAUUUCAACACCAGGAUCGUUUUUAACAUUGAGAAAGGAAUUAUUAAGAAGCAGUUCCCUUUCUCCCAAGUCAAAGGCUGUGAGGACGCUGAGAGGAGGCGCUUCAGCAUCGUGUUCCACGGGAGGCAGGAUUACGAGCUGGAGGCUGUGUCCCUUGAUGACAAGAGGAAGAUAAUCUACCUGCUGAGCAGAGUCAUACAGAGCAAUUCUUACAAGAGACCAGCGGAGUCCUGCUCUGGGGGACCUGCAGAAUGUGAUGUGAUCCACGAAGGGCUGCUGGAUUUGCAGCAGAGCACUUCAACCUCCACUAAAUGGGUGAAGUGCUUGGCACAGCUGCGGGAAGGAGAAUUGGCUUUGUACUGCCUUGGGCUGGGGCACAGGGGCCAGCCUGCAGCCCCUGCCACAGCCACAGUUCCUCUCUUGGCUGGGAACGUGGGUGUCAGUGGGGACAGUGGCUGCAGCACCUUCUCCCUGCACACCAGAGAUCACCAUUAUCUGUUCCGGAUACCCUUCACUGUCCUGACCACCCGGCCAGAGGCUGCUGGCAGGCUGCAGAGUGAGUGGGUGUCUCUCCUGGAAAGGCACUGCCAGCCGGGCAGCAGUGCCUCCCUGCCCCAGGAGGGCUCUCAAGGAUGCAGCUCCCCUGAAGCUGAUUAUGAGGAAUUUAUUGUGCCUCUGAAUGAGCAGAAAGAGGACACCCCUCAUUUGGGUGGGAGCUCUGCAAGCAGCAGCCUGAGCAAGCCUGCAGUGCCCCCGGCCAAGGCUGCAGAGGGGGAGGCAGCCCCAGCAGCAGCAGCAGCAGCAGCUCUGCCACCUCCCAUGGGCAGGGCAGAGGUUCCACCAGCCCCACCUGCCCUCCCACAGCCCUGCAGCCUCUCUCCAGCAGCAAAGAGAACCAAAGCCUUUCACUGGGAUGUCGUUCCUUGUGACAAGAUUCAAAAAUCUGUCUGGGGAUCAUGUGACCCGUGCAAGAGAAAAAUAGAUGUAUGCAGGCUCUGUGAGCAGUUCCAGAUCCAGGACACGGCAGUGCUCUUGGGCAGUGAGCCCUCAGUGAAUCAGCACAUCCUGCUGGAUCGGAAAGUUGCACAUAACUUCAACAUUUUUCUUAAAAGUUUCCGUAUAAAACCGAGUGAGCUGAAGGAAAAACUGUACAUCAUCCACGAGGAGAGUGGUGGGCUUACAGAUGAGCAGAUUACAGCACUGAGAAGAUAUUUGCCCACACCAAAAGAUGCAGAAAGGUACCUGUCCUUCAAGGGGUCAUGCUCAGAGCUGCACAUGGUUGACCAGUUUAUGUUAGAGAUGUGUAAAAUCCCUCAGCUGGGCCAGAGGUUGGAUCUCCUGCUCAGUGUCCGUGAGCUCCCCGAGAGCAUCAGAGAUCUGGAGCCUAUUUGUGCAUUUCAGCUGAUAAUCCAGAAAAUCCAAGCAAGCAAGCAGCUGCAAUCCAGCCAAAAGUUUGUUGCUAUCUUGGAGUACAUUUUAGCCAUGGGGAACCAUCUGAAUGAAAAAGCUGGAAAAGAGCUGGCUAAAGGAUUCCGAUUGUCAUCUCUGGCCAAACUGCCUCUGCUGAGGGGGAAGGAGAGGACAUUCACCUUGCUCCACGCCCUUGUGGAACAGAUCCUCUUACACGAGCCCGAGCUGGCCACGUUUCCUCAGGAGCUGACAGAAUUUGAAGCUGUUCCUGAUGCAUCCAUGAAGGGCCUCAGUGCUGAAGUUGAUGUUUUAAAAAAAGAAUUGGAGAACAUUAUCCAGGGCAGGAGGCUCAUUAAACCCAAAGCAAGCAAGGCAACACCCCAGGAGUCCCAGUUCUGCAAGGAACUCAAGGAUUUAAUUCAGAAAUAUGAAGGGGAUCUCUCCCAGCUGUCAAAAAGAUGUGAUGAAAUGAGGAAGCUUUAUAGCAACAUACUGGUGAAGUUUGGGGAGGCACCAGACCUGGACUCACAGGAGCUCUUUGGAUGGAUAUCUUCGUUCAUCAGGGAGUUCAGGAAGGCCUGUGCUGAAGUCACACCAUAAGAGCACAAAUUUUAUGGAGAGCUGAGGGAAAGAGGAGUCCAGGAAACAACCUUUGGUUGUUUUUUUCUUUACUAAUCAGUAGCACAUUGCCAGCAUCUCACCUGUGCAGCAGAACACCUCGAUUUUGAGAGACAGUCGGUUUAUAAUGUGGAAUUUUUAAAUGAUGUUUAACCUGUAAUAUCACAGAUCACUUAUGACCCUCUCAAUUUUGUGCUUUUUUUACCUUGACAUCUCUAUAUAUUGAGAAAAGAAAAACACUUUUGACCUUUUAUAAUUUCUCUUUUCAAUCUUGUCCUUUGAAUACCCUGGCAUCUGAGGCAGUUUUAAUAUUUUCAAGGAAUAACGAUCUGUGUGGUGAUCUAAUUUCUAAAUAAUUUACAUGUUUUAUGAUGAAAUGGGGAGCUGUUACCCGCAGAGGAGAAUAUUUAAACAAAUUCUUGUUUAUUUUGCUAUUAAAACAUUGCACCCUUAGUAUGUAAUGAA